GCGUGCGAGGGAACGAGAGAGAGAUUUUUUAUACGAAGCAGCAUGGAGGUUAUUACGGCAUGUUACUAAAAAAGCUGGCUGGUCAAAAUAAAGAGGAUUUGAUAUAAUUAUUACAACAAUUUAAUGGACAAAAUGAUUUCGUGUAAAAAUUUAUGUGUGCUGCGUCAAUUGCCAGUGAAGAGCUGCCAGCGCCAAUACAAUGCCAUACAAUUAAGCACGGCGUUGUUCUCAGCGAGAGCAAACAAAUGGAAGCAAAAGCCUUUAGCGCCGACUGUGCUAAGUGCGGCUGCUUGGCAGCAGCAAACGUUACAGCAGCAACAGCGUAUUCAGCAGCGCAGUUUUCACAGCACAAGUCGACUGCAGGCAAAGGAUUAUUAUACGACGCUGGGCGUGGCAAAGAACUCCAAUGCCAAGGACAUUAAGAAGGCCUACUAUCAGCUAGCCAAGAAAUAUCAUCCAGAUACAAAUAAAGAUGAUCCCGAUGCCAGCAAGAAAUUCCAAGAAGUCAGCGAGGCCUAUGAGGUGCUCAGCGAUGAUCAAAAGCGAAGAGAGUACGAUACCUAUGGACAAACGGCGGAGCAUAUGAAUCGUCAAGGUGGAGGUGGCUUUGGUGGUAGUGGCGGCGGUCCCUUUGGCCCCGAGGGCUUUUCGCAGAGCUGGCAAUUCCGCUCUAGCAUCGACCCAGAGGAGCUCUUCCGCAAAAUCUUUGGCGAGGGCAACUUUCGCAGCAAUAGCUUUGACGACUUUGCGGACUCAAAGUUUGGUUUUGGCCAAGCACAGGAAUUGGUGAUGGACUUGACAUUUGCGCAAGCAGCACGUGGCGUUAACAAGGAUGUCAACGUCAAUGUGGUGGAUCAGUGUCCCAAAUGUGCGGGCACCAAAUGCGAGCCGGGCACAAAGCCUGGACGUUGUCAGUACUGCAAUGGCAGUGGGUUUGAAACCAUCUCCACGGGACCUUUUGUGAUGCGCUCUACCUGCCGCUAUUGUCAAGGAACGCGGCAGUACAUCAAGUAUCCAUGCGUGGAGUGCGAGGGCAAAGGCAAAACAGUACAACGCCGCAAGGUUACCGUGCCCGUGCCAGCGGGCAUUGAGAACGGACAGACGGUGCGCAUGCAAGUGGGCGCCAAGGAACUGUUUAUCACAUUUCGCGUGGAGAAGAGCGACUACUUCCGACGUGAUGCCGCCGACGUGCACACGGAUGCGCCCAUAUCUGUCUCCCAGGCGCUGCUAGGCGGCACUGUGCGUGUUCAAGGCGUAUACGAAGAUCAAUGGCUGAACAUUGAGCCCGGCACAUCAUCGCAUCGCAAAAUUUUGCUACGUGGCAAAGGACUCAAGCGUGUGAAUGCCCAUGGUCAUGGUGAUCACUAUGUGCAUAUAAAGAUUGAAGUGCCCAAGAAGCUAAGCAAGGAGCAGCGCGCAUUGUUGGAGGCUUAUGCUGAGCUGGAGCAUGACACACCUGGACAAAUACAUGGCAUGGCGCAGCGUAAAGAUGGCAGUAAGAAAGCAACCGCAGCAGCAGGUGAAACAAGUAACACCGCCAAAACAGACGCCAAAGGAACAGCAGCAAACACAAACGCCACAGGAGCAGGAGCUGAGCAAAGCAACAAAGACGGAGACAGCGGCAGCAGCGGAGGCUUCUUAGACAAACUCAAGUCCAUGUUUAACUGACUUGAUUCUGUGUACAUAUAAAUAAAUAGUUAAUGCUUAACUGAAUCAUGUUUUUGUAAAACCUUACAAAUGUGUUAAUUUGUCUUUAAGAAACCAUUAAAGCCUAA